UGGGAGGAUGCUGUGAAGCAGGAGCCAGCCACUGCAGGCCCUACAAAAUUAAGGAUGAAUACAAAUCAACCAUUAAGUGAUGGGACUUAGCAAAGAGCUUAUCCUGGUGGGAGAAUUUUCCAAUGUUCAGAACUGCUCAGCUUUUUGGCACAUUCAACUGACACGCUUGACUGAGGAAACCUCAGAAGAGACUUUCGUCUGACCUGGAGGAAUUUCUCGGCUACGUUCCGCUGUAACCUUAGAGCCAAGUGCCCGGUACCGUGUGCUCGUCCCCCCCCGGCCGCCAGCGAGGCGGCGGGUACCCGCGCAUCCUUCAGGACACGGCGGGAGGAGGAAGGCUCGCAGGCGGCCGGGCUCCGGGGGCUCGCAGCGGCGGCAGCCGCUCGCUGUGCUUCGUGACAUCACUCCCGGAGCUCAGAUCCCCCUCGGAGCUCCCUUUCCUUACUCGGUCUGUUGGGCUGUCUGCUCCGGUUGGGCUAGGACCCUCCCGCUGCAGGGCGGGCAGCUCCCCAGGCGAGGCGAGGCUGAGGAGCUGCUGGAGGAAGAAACGGAGAGAGGGGGAAAGAGUCGGUGGGAAGAGGAUAGUGAGGAACGGAACAAAACAGAGGAGCUCCAGUAUGAAAUUCAUCUCUGCUUAUUACUUGCUGCCUCUCUUUCCUGCACUGGUCUUCAGCGCUAGACAGGGCUAUGAAGAACUGGAAAGACAGCUGAAAGAAGUCUUUAAGGAAAGGAGCAAUAUCCUUCGUCAACUCUCGAAGACUUCUAAAGAACUCGAGGGAAUUAAAGUGAACCUCCAGUCUUUGAAAAAUGAUGAAGCAUCAGCCAAAAAUGAUGUGCAGAAACUUCUGGAACUGGGCCAAAAGCAAAGGGAAGAAAUGAAAUCUCUCCAGGAGGCCUUUCAAAAGCAGCUUAAUGAGGCAGCUGAGAAAGCAGAAAAGCAGCAGGCUACCAUUAACUUUUUGAAGACUGAAAUGGAAAGGAAGAGCAAAAUGAUCCGUGACCUCCAAAAUGAGAACAAAAGCCUCAAAAACAAGCUCUUGUCAGGAAACAAGCUUUGUGGUAUUCAUGCAGAAGAGUCAAAGAAAAUCCAAGCCCAGCUGAAAGAGCUUCGUUAUGGGAAAAAGGAUUUGAUUUUUAAGGCACAACAGCUAACAGAUCUGGAACAAAAACUAGCAGUCGCAAAAGAUGAAUUGGAAAAGGCAGCCCUUGACAAAGAGUCACAGCUGAAAGCUCUGAAGGAGACCGUGCAGCUUUGCCUGUCUUCCGUUCUGCACAAUCAGCCUCCCGUUAUGAAUCUAAUCCCUUCAAAACCAGCUGAGAAGCUGACAUCCCUAGUUACAAAGGGCUCAAAAGUUCCAUUUCAAGUGACAAGCACCAAGCGAAAUGCCUCAGCAGAGAAGGAGAAUCUUCAUGUGGCCUCGAGAAAGGAAGAAAAUCAGAGCAUCCAGGAGUGCGAUUCUCAAGAUGUUGGCAAGACGUGUUUGGGGAAUCGCAAUAAUUCAACAUCUCGUUUGAAGACAGCAGAAACAGAGACAAGCUUUCAGAAGCUGCACAGCCCUCCGUGGACUAAACCUGAAGAUAAAAAAUCACCUGAAAGAAAUAAGAAAAAAAUUGAAGAGUCUGUUAGUACAAAAGAAAAAAACCUCUAAGCACUACUAAUCUACACUAAAAAUGCCCGUCACUUGCUCCCAUCUUCAUAUUCUUUUUAGUCCAGAGGCAUGAAAUGUACUGGGUUUCUAAAGCAUGCAUUUUUCACUAUUUUAUGAAUGUUUGUAAAUUAGUCUAGAAUAGACCAAUUAGUACCUUCCAGCAAUAAUCCAAAAUGGAUGUUUGAAGAAAUGCUUUGUAAUACAGUCCAAUUUUUGAACUCUUGUUCAACCUGGUCAGUAAUCGCAUACUAUAUAUUAGUUUCUUUGUAAACAACAGCCAUUCUCAAGCAUUUUCUCAGUCUGUUCUAUUUCAUGUACCUUUAUGGCAGAUUAGGUUAUAAAUCAAAUUAAGAAUUAAGGGGCAGUUAAUGGGGGGGGGGGGGGAAAUAUCUGUGUAAACAUAGUUGAAGUACAACACAACUCAUAAAAGCAACUGUAAAAAUGGAACAGUGGGGGUCCAUGUAUACUUACCUUUCAGUAAUACCAUUUCAGAUCUGCUUACUUAAACAAUAAAAGUUGUUUGUUUGGUUGUUUUUUUUCUAA